AUGACGACGGACGGACAACGGAUGGAUGACCGACGACUGACGACCGAAGGAUGGACGGAGUGGAUGGGAUGGGACAAGGAUGGACGACUGAAGGAUGGACGACGGACCGACAGGAGGAGGAUGGACAAAUGGACGAGGUGGAUGGAGGGACCGGAUGGAUGGACCGACAGUGAGGACGAGGAUGGAGUGGACGGAGUGGAUGGAUGGAGGAUGGAUGGAUGGAUGGAUGGACCGACCGAUGGGGUGGGACGGUGGACGAUGGAUGGGACGGAGUGGAUGGAUGGAGGGACGGAACGGAUAAAGGAGGAGGAUGGACGGAGUGGAUGGAUGGGAGUGGAUGGAGUGGAUAGGAUGGAUGGAGUGGAUGGAUGGAUGGAUGGUGGAGGUGGAUGA